AUGGGUCAUACAAGCAUCGAAGAUGCAUCUCGCUCUGGAAGGCCAAAAGAGGCUACGAAUGCGGAAAUCGCAAAGCAAGUGCAUCGAAUUUUGAGUGAUCGUAAAGUGAAGUUGCGCGAGUUAACUGAGACCGUGGGCAUCUCAAAAGAACGGGCGGGAUACAUUUUGCACGAUGUUUUGGAGAUGAAAAAGCUAUCGGCACGAUGGGUGCCGCGUUUGCUGACCAUCGACCAAAAACAGCAGCGCGUUGAUGAUUCAAUGGCCGGUUUGGCGUUGUUGCAGCGUAAUCGAGCGAACUUUUUUCAACGUUUUGUGACGAUGGAUGAAAUGUGGGUCCAUUACCAUACGCCUGAGUCCAAUAGGCAAUCUGCAGAGACUGAAAAGCCACGAAAGCAACCAAAAGACUAA